UUCGAAGUUCAACCCGCCUCUCCUCCACUGAACGAAGCCCAUUUUUUACCUCGCAAAGUUUCGAAUCUAAUUCUAAACCCUCACCACCGACUAGGGUUUUCUGAUUUUAAUUUUUCUCUGCACUCUCUGUUAGCCGAGUCUCAAGAUUCCUCGUCACUAUGCCGCAAGGAGAUUACAUAGAGCUUCACAGGAAGAGACAUGGCUUCCGCCUCGACCACUUCGAGCGCAAGCGCAAGAAGGAGGCUCGUGAAGUCCACAAGCGCUCUGAAUAUGCCCAGAAGGCUCUGGGUAUUAAGGGCAAGAUGUUCGCGAAGAAACGUUAUGCAGAAAAGGCUCUGAUGAAGAAGACACUGGCCAUGCAUGAGGAAUCGUCCACCAGGCGCAAGGUGGAUGAUGAUGUCCAUGAAGGAGCUGUUCCUGCUUAUCUGCUGGAUCGCGAGAACACAACACGGGCAAAAGUUCUUAGCAAUACUAUUAAGCAAAAGAGGAAAGAGAAAGCUGGAAAGUGGGAAGUCCCUCUGCCAAAGGUGAGGCCUGUGGCUGAAGAUGAAAUGUUCAAAGUGAUCAGAUCUGGUAAACGAAAGACCAAGCAAUGGAAAAGAAUGGUCACGAAAGCUACAUUUGUUGGACCUGGUUUUACGAGAAAACCUCCCAAGUAUGAGCGGUUCAUCCGUCCUACAGGUUUGCGGUUCACCAAAGCUCACGUGACACACCCUGAACUCAAAUGCACUUUCAAUCUUGAGAUAAUUGGAGUAAAGAAAAAUCCUAAUGGUCCAAUGUAUACCUCUCUUGGCGUGAUGACAAAGGGAACAGUCAUUGAGGUGAAUGUCAGUGAGUUGGGUCUGGUUACACCAGCUGGGAAAGUUGUAUGGGGUAAGGGAAAUAUGCUCAGGUGACAAAUAACCCCGAGAAUGAUGGGUGUAUAAACGCCGUUCUGCUUGUAUAAAGAGGGUUACUGGCAACAGGAGACGGGGGAGAACAGCAAGAUGUCUGAAAUAGGGUUCUUUCCUCUAAACGGGAGGAGUGGUCUCUUGUGAGUAACCCAAUUACGUAAUACAGCCUCUUUAUUUUUAUGUUUUAUUUUUUUAUUUGUCCCCGAGUGUAGCAGCAUGCUAAAAUAAUAGUGUUGUUGGAGUUAUCUGAAUGAUGCAGUUUUGUAUUCGCAAUCUUUCAAUUUUAUUUAAUAUUUAGCUUA